CAAAGUACUUUUUAUUUCAUGAUUAACACCGACUUUUUAUUUUAUCAUAUUUAAUGUUUUUGCUUGCUAAUUUAUGUAUGGUACUACUGAAAAGCGAGUGAUAAGCUCAUGAUAUUAUGGCUUGUAAUUCCUGUUCAAAAUCUUUUACUUUGUUUCGCAAGGAAAAAGGUUGCCCAGGCUGUGGGUUUAGCUAUUGCUCUAAAUGUCUCAACAACAAGUUAUUUUUAAAGAAAAUCAAUUCUGUAGCUUUGGUAUGCACGAAAUGUAAAAACACUUCUGGAAUGGAUAACAAAAAUAAGAUUGAACCACCAGAAGCAUACUUUAAAAGAAUUGGAGUUGAUAACAGUUCACAGUCUACUAGCAGCCAGACUACUGAACAAUCGAAUAAUGUAGAAUGGGAAAUUCAGCAGAGAUUAAAAAAGUUAAAGGAAGAUAGAAACAAAGAUGCCAUACAAACAACAGAUGAAGAAAUAUUGAAACGCUUACAAAAAAUAAAAGGAGAGCAACCAACUACUUCAGACGCAGAACUGCAGGCACGAUUAGCUAACCUGAGAGGAGUGCCCAUUAUUGAAGGACAAAAAAAGACUGUGCUUUAUACACCAGACUUGAGAACGGAACAAGAGCAGGCUGAUGAUUUAAUGAAACAAUAUUUAGAGCAUACCACUAUUGAUAAGCAAUAUCAAGAGGGGUUCAAGAAGCAACUUGAUGAUAUUGAAGCAAGAAUACAAAAAUUAAAAGGAGGUGAAGGUGUUAACACUAAAACUAAAGAUGAUGCAUCAAGUUCUGAAGAUGAAGAAACUGUGAUAAAAAAGAUAAUAGAAAAAGCAAAGGUUGAAUCUAGUCAAGAUGAUGAGUUACCUGCUGCAACAAAUGAUGAGUUACCAUUCUGUGAAAUAUGUAAUGAAGAUGCUAGAAUGCGAUGCUUAGGAUGCCGCUAUUUGUUCUGUAAACAAUGCUUUGUAGAACAUAAAGAUGAUGAUGAUGGAUGCAAUAGAUAUGAACUUUAUGAAGCACCAAAAAAUAUAAAUUAAAACUUAAGUUUAAAAUAAAGCAAAAUAUUUAAGACAUGAUUUUACACAUAUUUUUUUAU